GAGAAGGAGGAGGAGGUUUGUAGCAGACCCCGCGCAAGAGAAAACGUACGAUUCAUAACACAAAUUAACAAUUUAAAAGUGUUUAAAAAAUACAAGCAGGAAGAAGCCACUAAUAAUAAUCCUCCUCCUCAUCAGUCUCUGCAGACAGGGAGGCGGCGUGCCUCUGACUUUAUCACACUUUCAAGAAGAGAGUCAACAGAGGGGAGGGGGGGCUUAAUAAAACGGCGCCGAGCAAAAAAAAAAGAAGACAUUUAUAAAAAAUAAAUAAAAGGAAGAAACGGGAGGUGAAAAUAAAUAAUCAAUCGAGCGUGGAGACUGAGAAAAACAAACACACACCGGAAGACAAGUCUGAGUGAAGGAGACCAGCAACUUCCCAUUAUAGAAACGAAAAUAACAAAGGAGAGUCUUUAAAAAAAAAAAAAAAGAUGCGAGAGGAAAGCGUGUAUAUGUUUUUUUAAUUAACCCGGGAGGAGACGUCUUUUGGUGUUUUUUUUUUUCGGUUCGCUCACACUCACAUUUAAAUAAGACUUUUGUAUUUAUUAGUAGUCGUAAUAAUAAUAGUAUUUUUUUUAAAAACAAAGCAGAAAUGGCCUCCACUUCCACCAGCGCACAUAAUAAUAAUAAUAAUAAUAAUAAUAAUUAUAAUAAUAACUCGUCUCGAAGCGGCCCGGCUCUCUGGUCUUCCCAAGUCGGGGCCGCGGCGUCCUCCUCGGCCCUGGAUUCGGCGGGCGCGGCGGCGGCGUCCGUCCCCAGCCCGCCCGUGGUGGACGCAGAGCGGGAGGCGUUCUUGGAAAGUUGCGGCGCUUGCCGGACGAGGCUCCGGCCCGACAAGGAGCCGCUCCUGUUGCCGUGCCUGCACUCGGUCUGCCGGGCAUGUCUGCCUGGGUGCGCCGCCGGAGCCUCUGUGGAUCUACAUCGUUGUUUGAUCUGCAGGCAGCAGUUCUGCUUGACGGAGGUCGUGGAAAAUUACUUCAUCCGAGAGAGUCCUUCCGGGUCAAAGGACAGCGACAGAAGCAAGGUGUGUCGAUGCUGUGAGGACAGCGCUGAAGCCUUCAGUUUCUGUGUUCAGUGCUCGGAGUGGCUGUGUGAAGCUUGUGUGUUUCAGGUGUGUCGAUGCUGUGAGGACAGUGCUGAAGCCUUCAGUUUCUGUGUUCAGUGCUCGGAGUGGCUGUGUGAAGCUUGUGUGUUUCAGGUGUGUCGAUGCUGUGAGGACAGCGCUGAAGCCUUCAGUUUCUGUGUUCAGUGCUCGGAGUGGCUGUGUGAAGCUUGUGUGUUUCAGGUGUGUCGGUGCUGUGAGGACAGUGCUGAAGCCUUCAGUUUCUGUGUUCAGUGCUCGGAGUGGCUGUGUGAAGCUUGUGUGUUUCAGGUGUGUCGAUGCUGUGAGGACAGCGCUGAAGCCUUCAGUUUCUGUGUUCAGUGCUCGGAGUGGCUGUGUGAAGCUUGUGUGUUUCAGGUGUGUCGGUGCUGUGAGGACAGCGCUGAAGCCUUCAGUUUCUGUGUUCAGUGCUCGGAGUGGCUGUGUGAAGCUUGUGUGUUUCAGGUGUGUCGAUGCUGUGAGGACAGCGCUGAAGCCUUCAGUUUCUGUGUUCAGUGCUCGGAGUGGCUGUGUGAAGCUUGUGUGUUUCAGGUGUGUCGGUGCUGUGAGGACAGCGCUGAAGCCUUCAGUUUCUGUGUUCAGUGCUCGGAGUGGCUGUGUGAAGCUUGUGUGUUUCAGGUGUGUCGAUGCUGUGAGGACAGUGCUGAAGCCUUCAGUUUCUGUGUUCAGUGCUCGGAGUGGCUGUGUGAAGCUUGUGUGUUUCAGGUGUGUCGAUGCUGUGAGGACAGCGCUGAAGCCUUCAGUUUCUGUGUUCAGUGCUCGGAGUGGCUGUGUGAAGCUUGUGUGUUUCAGGUGUGUCGAUGCUGUGAGGACAGUGCUGAAGCCUUCAGUUUCUGUGUUCAGUGCUCGGAGUGGCUGUGUGAAGCUUGUGUGUUUCAGGUGUGUCGAUGCUGUGAGGACAGUGCUGAAGCCUUCAGUUUCUGUGUUCAGUGCUCGGAGUGGCUGUGUGAAGCUUGUGUGUUUCAGGUGUGUCGGUGCUGUGAGGACAGCGCUGAAGCCUUCAGUUUCUGUGUUCAGUGCUCGGAGUGGCUGUGUGAAGCUUGUGUGUUUCAGGUGUGUCGAUGCUGUGAGGACAGUGCUGAAGCCUUCAGUUUCUGUGUUCAGUGCUCGGAGUGGCUGUGUGAAGCUUGUGUGUUUCAGGUGUGUCGAUGCUGUGAGGACAGCGCUGAAGCCUUCAGUUUCUGUGUUCAGUGCUCGGAGUGGCUGUGUGAAGCUUGUGUGUUUCAGGUGUGUCGAUGCUGUGAGGACAGUGCUGAAGCCUUCAGUUUCUGUGUUCAGUGCUCGGAGUGGCUGUGUGAAGCUUGUGUGUUUCAGGUGUGUCGAUGCUGUGAGGACAGCGCUGAAGCCUUCAGUUUCUGUGUUCAGUGCUCGGAGUGGCUGUGUGAAGCUUGUGUGUUUCAGGUGUGUCGAUGCUGUGAGGACAGCGCUGAAGCCUUCAGUUUCUGUGUUCAGUGCUCGGAGUGGCUGUGUGAAGCUUGUGUGUUUCAGGUGUGUCGAUGCUGUGAGGACAGUGCUGAAGCCUUCAGUUUCUGUGUUCAGUGCUCGGAGUGGCUGUGUGAAGCUUGUGUGUUUCAGGUGUGUCGAUGCUGUGAGGACAGCGCUGAAGCCUUCAGUUUCUGUGUUCAGUGCUCGGAGUGGCUGUGUGAAGCUUGUGUGUUUCAGGUGUGUCGAUGCUGUGAGGACAGCGCUGAAGCCUUCAGUUUCUGUGUUCAGUGCUCGGAGUGGCUGUGUGAAGCUUGUGUGUUUCAGGUGUGUCGAUGCUGUGAGGACAGUGCUGAAGCCUUCAGUUUCUGUGUUCAGUGCUCGGAGUGGCUGUGUGAAGCUUGUGUGUUUCAGGUGUGUCGAUGCUGUGAGGACAGUGCUGAAGCCUUCAGUUUCUGUGUUCAGUGCUCGGAGUGGCUGUGUGAAGCUUGUGUGUUUCAGGUGUGUCGAUGCUGUGAGGACAGUGCUGAAGCCUUCAGUUUCUGUGUUCAGUGCUCGGAGUGGCUGUGUGAAGCUUGUGUGUUUCAGGUGUGUCGAUGCUGUGAGGACAGCGCUGAAGCCUUCAGUUUCUGUGUUCAGUGCUCGGAGUGGCUGUGUGAAGCUUGUGUGUUUCAGGUGUGUCGAUGCUGUGAGGACAGUGCUGAAGCCUUCAGUUUCUGUGUUCAGUGCUCGGAGUGGCUGUGUGAAGCUUGUGUGUUUCAGGUGUGUCGAUGCUGUGAGGACAGUGCUGAAGCCUUCAGUUUCUGUGUUCAGUGCUCGGAGUGGCUGUGUGAAGCUUGUGUGUUUCAGGUGUGUCGAUGCUGUGAGGACAGCGCUGAAGCCUUCAGUUUCUGUGUUCAGUGCUCGGAGUGGCUGUGUGAAGCUUGUGUGUUUCAGGUGUGUCGAUGCUGUGAGGACAGCGCUGAAGCCUUCAGUUUCUGUGUUCAGUGCUCGGAGUGGCUGUGUGAAGCUUGUGUGUUUCAGGUGUGUCGAUGCUGUGAGGACAGUGCUGAAGCCUUCAGUUUCUGUGUUCAGUGCUCGGAGUGGCUGUGUGAAGCUUGUGUGUUUCAGGUGUGUCGAUGCUGUGAGGACAGCGCUGAAGCCUUCAGUUUCUGUGUUCAGUGCUCGGAGUGGCUGUGUGAAGCUUGUGUGUUUCAGGUGUGUCGAUGCUGUGAGGACAGUGCUGAAGCCUUCAGUUUCUGUGUUCAGUGCUCGGAGUGGCUGUGUGAAGCUUGUGUGUUUCAGGUGUGUCGAUGCUGUGAGGACAGCGCUGAAGCCUUCAGUUUCUGUGUUCAGUGCUCGGAGUGGCUGUGUGAAGCUUGUGUGUUUCAGGUGUGUCGAUGCUGUGAGGACAGCGCUGAAGCCUUCAGUUUCUGUGUUCAGUGCUCGGAGUGGCUGUGUGAAGCUUGUGUGUUUCAGGUGUGUCGAUGCUGUGAGGACAGUGCUGAAGCCUUCAGUUUCUGUGUUCAGUGCUCGGAGUGGCUGUGUGAAGCUUGUGUGUUUCAGGUGUGUCGAUGCUGUGAGGACAGCGCUGAAGCCUUCAGUUUCUGUGUUCAGUGCUCGGAGUGGCUGUGUGAAGCUUGUGUGUUUCAGGUGUGUCGAUGCUGUGAGGACAGCGCUGAAGCCUUCAGUUUCUGUGUUCAGUGCUCGGAGUGGCUGUGUGAAGCUUGUGUGUUUCAGGUGUGUCGAUGCUGUGAGGACAGCGCUGAAGCCUUCAGUUUCUGUGUUCAGUGCUCGGAGUGGCUGUGUGAAGCUUGUGUGUUUCAGGUGUGUCGAUGCUGUGAGGACAGCGCUGAAGCCUUCAGUUUCUGUGUUCAGUGCUCGGAGUGGCUGUGUGAAGCUUGUGUGUUUCAGGUGUGUCGAUGCUGUGAGGACAGUGCUGAAGCCUUCAGUUUCUGUGUUCAGUGCUCGGAGUGGCUGUGUGAAGCUUGUGUGUUUCAGGUGUGUCGAUGCUGUGAGGACAGUGCUGAAGCCUUCAGUUUCUGUGUUCAGUGCUCGGAGUGGCUGUGUGAAGCUUGUGUGUUUCAGGUGUGUCGAUGCUGUGAGGACAGUGCUGAAGCCUUCAGUUUCUGUGUUCAGUGCUCGGAGUGGCUGUGUGAAGCUUGUGUGUUUCAGGUGUGUCGAUGCUGUGAGGACAGUGCUGAAGCCUUCAGUUUCUGUGUUCAGUGCUCGGAGUGGCUGUGUGAAGCUUGUGUGUUUCAGGUGUGUCGAUGCUGUGAGGACAGCGCUGAAGCCUUCAGUUUCUGUGUUCAGUGCUCGGAGUGGCUGUGUGAAGCUUGUGUGUUUCAGGUGUGUCGAUGCUGUGAGGACAGCGCUGAAGCCUUCAGUUUCUGUGUUCAGUGCUCGGAGUGGCUGUGUGAAGCUUGUGUGUUUCAGGUGUGUCGAUGCUGUGAGGACAGUGCUGAAGCCUUCAGUUUCUGUGUUCAGUGCUCGGAGUGGCUGUGUGAAGCUUGUGUGUUUCAGGUGUGUCGAUGCUGUGAGGACAGCGCUGAAGCCUUCAGUUUCUGUGUUCAGUGCUCGGAGUGGCUGUGUGAAGCUUGUGUGUUUCAGGUGUGUCGAUGCUGUGAGGACAGCGCUGAAGCCUUCAGUUUCUGUGUUCAGUGCUCGGAGUGGCUGUGUGAAGCUUGUGUGUUUCAGGUGUGUCGAUGCUGUGAGGACAGCGCUGAAGCCUUCAGUUUCUGUGUUCAGUGCUCGGAGUGGCUGUGUGAAGCUUGUGUCUUCGCUCAUCAAAGAGUCAAGAUAACCAAGGAUCACACGGUGCGGGCUGGGAGCGAGGGGAUCAGG